UUUCUGAGAAGAAGUCCAAUGACAAGGAGGCAAAAUGUUACGAUACCUAAGCUUUGUACUCAUUUUCAUCCACCACCAAGCCUGUGGUGUACCAGUAAUAUCAAAUCGCAUUGUUGGGGGGAUGGACAGUAAGAGGGGGGAAUGGCCUUGGCAGAUAAGCCUGAGCUACAAAAGUGAUUCUAUCUGCGGAGGAUCUCUUCUUACAGACAGCUGGGUGAUGACUGCUGCUCACUGCAUUGAUUCGUUGGAUGUUUCAUACUAUACUGUUUAUCUCGGUGCAUAUCAGCUCUCUGCCCCUAACAAUUCUACAGUAUCCAGAGGAGUGAAAAGUAUAACAAAGCACCCAGAUUUCCAAUACGAAGGAUCCAGUGGUGACAUUGCUCUAAUUGAACUGGAGAAACCUGUCACUUUUACCCCUUACAUCCUACCCAUCUGCCUUCCCUCUCAGGAUGUUCAAUUUGCAGCAGGGACUAUGUGCUGGGUGACUGGAUGGGGAAAUAUUCAAGAAGGAACCCCUUUAAGCAGCCCUAAAACUAUUCAGAAGGCAGAAGUUGCCAUCAUAGACAGUUCAGUCUGUGAGACCAUGUACGAAUCCAGCUUGGGCUACAUCCCUGAUUUCAGCUUCAUUCAGGAGGACAUGGUGUGUGCUGGUUACAAGGAGGGACGUAUUGAUGCCUGCCAGGGGGACUCAGGUGGACCUCUUGUAUGUAAUGUCAACAAUGUCUGGCUUCAGCUCGGUAUUGUGAGCUGGGGAUACGGCUGCGCAGAACCCAAUAGACCUGGUGUCUAUACCAAAGUUCAGUAUUACCAGGAUUGGUUGAAAACCAAUGUGCCUUUAAUUGUGUUCAGUGAAGAAGGACCAAGUGUUGCACCAAGCAUUGGACCAAGCAUUGCACCAAGUUUUGGACCUAGUCUUGGACCAAGAGGAGUUGCCAGUACAACAAUAUCCCAAACUGAAGCCCAGUCAGUUAACAGCAUAGAAAUAGAUAAGACUAACAGUACAACAAUUUUUGAAACUGAAGCCAUGUCUAUGAGCAAUAACACUACAAUGAAUGAGACUUUUAGCUUGGUCUCCUCUACCAUCUCCACUGCUUUGAGGAUAAAUGAAACUAAGACUAUAGAUAACGAGGCCCAAAUACAUGCAUGCUCCCUGCACACUAUAGCGCUAACCUUAAUUUAUUUAUUUAUUAGAUUCUUUGUGUAAGUUACAACUACAAAAUGUGUCUCGAAAAUGCCAACUGAUCACCAUUUGUAGUAUCUGGCUGGUUUGUAUGACCUCCUAGACCUGCAGGAUAACAAAAUGUUCAGUUGCUCAUUAUAACUGAAUAGUGGCUGAUUAUGUAGGAGAUGACCAAUAACCCUAAGCAACCAAACUUCUGCCCCUUAGAUCUUUGCACUUACUGACUAAGUCUAUUCUGUUAUGGUCAAUUACUGGCCCUAUGCAGAGGCAGAAUGGCACCUGAGGAGAGAUCAGGGGGCACAAUUUGUAGUGGGCACUCUUUUCAGAAGGUAGUCUUAAAAAGUAAACAUGUAUACAGAAGCCCUGUAGCCCAAUCACAUACAGCAACCCUUUAAUUAACAGUCACAAGUAUCACCUCCAGGGUGCCCUGGGAUAAGUAGUAGGGUUGAGCCGGCUACUCGUAGUGAUUCUCCUUUGGGCCAAUCAUUACCCAAAAACACAGUAAUCAUAAGGGAUCAUUUACUUAGAACUUGACCUACAUGUCCCCCCAUGAAUACAGCCCUGCUAAAUUCAGACAACCCUGUUGUCAUGGGACAAACCCAGGUUUCUUGACUCAGACACCUGCAUCAAUUUCCCUGUGUGCAGAGAUGGGAGCAAAGUGCAAAUAACAUAGAGGGCUGCUCCUUUUUAUGUACUUUGCCUCCAGUCUUGCACAUAGUCAAUGGCCCUUUUACCCCUAAAGUCAUUCAUUUUAACAUUACAGUUCCAUUGGUUGAGGUCUGUGGAACAUGAUAUUAUAUUAUAAAUGUUUCAGCUUUUGACCUAUAUCAUCUGUGUACUUUGAACUUAACCUGCCUCAUUUUUUGCACAAUAAAGAUAUUCCAAUAUACAUAAAUUGUAA